GACCCAUCCGAAGUGGUGGAGGAAUAUAAAAGAAAAACCGAGAUGAGUUGCCGAAGAAGUAGCUGGUGCGGUUGACGGUGGUUGAUACUGUUGAUAGUAAUAGUGAGUGAGUAGCUGAGUUGAGGUCGCGGAAGAUAAUUUUUUGAUACCAAUAUGAAGUGCCUUAUUUAUUUCUUAGUCGCAAUUUUUGUGGUAGAGGUGUGUUCAUUUGGAAGCAACGAUGAAAGGUUUUUGAAGAAAUAUGCAAUGAUGAAGAUAUACGAAAGCUGUUUCGGAGAAGAAGUAGUCAGACAGAUAAGGCAAGAACUGAAAAGAGCAUGCGCUAAAUGUUCCACUCCUGAAGUGCCUAUUCUUCCACCGAACCAACAAGCGCCACCUCCAGAAGAAAAACCUCAAACUCAAGACUUACCAAUGCAUCCAGCUUUUCAACAACCAUCACUGGAAGCUGAAAAAAUACAUCAAGCCAUUUUGGCAUUUAGACCGAAUCCUAUACCUCAACAGUCCUACAAGCCAGCUUAUCCAGGACUGGCCCCAGGCAAUUUUUAUACAGGACCAUUCGGCAACCCUCAACUAGGACCGGUUCAACCGUUUUACUACUCGGGAUAUCCCCAAGUGCCAUUUUCGCCAUAUAAUUUCCCGAUGGUCGGACAACAACAGUUUUAUGGAAAUAGGAUGUCGAGAAAUAUGGAUGUCAGGAAUCAAUUGGAAAUAUUGACAUCCAGAAUAAGCGGAAGAGUAAGGAACAUAACAUGUGUCAUGCAAGAACUUGGUUAUCUCGAUGAAAAUCUAGAACCAAACUAUGUUAGAAUAGCCGAAAGAAUUGGAAAUUUGCCAAUAUCCGAUGAGUUGAGAAAGGAUAUGCAAGAUGGUGUUAGUUUUUGCCAACAAUUUUCGCAAUGUGUACCAGACGUCAAAAAAGACAAGUCCCCUCUCUCCCGAGAACUCAUCAGACCAAUGUUCUUCUUUAAAUGCUACAAACACAAGAAACUCGAAGCCUGCAUCAUGAAGGACGUCAGAGAAAAAUUCUCGGGAGUAUCAGACGAAGAACUUGACGGAGACCUGGAGUUAAGGAGAACCGGAAAAGAUAUGAAAUUCCCUAACGUAAAUGAAGAGAAAGAUAUCGAUGCUUUGGAAGCUUCCAUGUAUGAAUUUUUGUACGCCAGUGAUAGCAAUAUUGAACUUGAUGGAUUCUUCUAGAUGGAAAUAAGAUAUUAGGUUUAAUGUAUUUCUAAAAGAUCUUGAUGUGUCCCGGUUAAAGUAAUUUUCUUAGCACACAUUUAUUUUCCCAUUUUCUACUAG